CCCAUCUUCGUGGAGGAAAUCAUUCGUGCAUCUGCUAAUCUGCUUCCACUGUUCUCCGCGAAGGAAAUUCUGAAUUCUCUGCUGCCACAGUACUAGUUCGGCUUGCAAAGUGGGAACCUGCUUCAUUCGCCCAGCUUUUACGGCGUCUGUGCGUGACCUAGACCUCGUCUCGCCGUCGCCUCUUCUCCUUUCAGGUGAUGAGAAAUUUGAAGAAUGAAGUAACGAUGAAGCUGAAAGUUUGGCAAAUGAGGGUUUAGUCUAUUUGGCAUUCGAUUCACACAAUCAAAUAACAUGCUCAGAUUGCUGCCACUGCGAUCAUUCCUCUUCUUAAGAACCAGAAAUCCUCAUUAUCUUGUGAAAAGUCAGCAUUUGAUAUCUUUGCCUGGACCAUUAAGAAGAGAAGCUACAGGAGUCAGGAUUAAAGUGACCACCCCUUGUCCUAUCUGGCACAUGGCAGGCUCAACAAGUUCUAUGUCAAACACACAAGUGGCUGCAGGGGAUGAAUUGCAACAGGUUAAACUUCUAACAUCAACCAAUGACAACUAUGGUGGUGUUAUUGUGGAAAUGGAUGAGCCUAUGGACCCUACAACUUUUAUCUCAAUUCUCAGAGCUUCAAUUUCCCACUGGAAACAGCUGGGCAAGAAGGGUGUUUGGAUAAAAUUACCUAUUGAUCUGGUCAAUCUUGUUGAACCUCUAGUUAAGGAAGGCUUCUGGUACCACCAUGCAGAACCAAAAUAUCUAAUGCUGGUUUACUGGAUUCCUGAAAGUGCACAUACUAUUCCAGCAAACGCCACACAUCGAGUGGGUGUUGGUGCAUUUGUGAUGAAUGGAAAACAAGAGGUCCUGGUAGUUCGAGAAAAAAGUGGUCCACUUCGGGGAAUUGGAGUCUGGAAAUUCCCUACUGGAGUUGUUGAUCAGGGAGAAGACAUUUGUGAAGCAGCAGUGAGAGAGGUCAAAGAAGAAACAGGAGUUGAUUCAGAAUUUUUGGAGGUUAUAGCAUUCAGACAAAGUCACGAGUCAUUCUUUGAAAAGUCAGAUCUGUACUUUGUGUGCAUGAUGCGGCCACUUUCUUUCGACAUCCAAAUCCAAGAUGUGGAAUUAGAGGCUGCUCAGUGGAUGCCGUUUGAGGAAUAUGCAGCUCAGCCAUUCGUCCAGAAGCAUCAAUUACUGAAGUACAUCAAUGAUAUAUGCUGGGAAAAGAUCAACAGACAAUAUUCUGGAUUUAAUCAUGUGCCUGUAUCAUCAGUUUUUUCUGACAAGAAUAGUUAUUUGUACCUCAAUGCUGGAGACUUGAAGAGGUAUAUUUCUUCGUAAGCAUCAUUCAAGUUUAAGCAGCAAGGAUUAUUCCAUUUGAACUUUGUACUAUUUGAUUUUUUUUUUUUUUUCAUGAUGUAAAAUGCUUGUAUUCGUCAGCUAAGAAGCUGCAAUAAUUUUUUGUACUGGGAACAUGAAAACUUCAUUAAUAACAAAUAAAAUACAAUUUACUUC